AUCGACGUUCGUUUCCUACAUGUUCUUUGUAUGACGAAAGAUAAAUUUUUCUUAGCUGAAUGCUUCUAUGAGAAAAAAUGAAAACGAUCGGAAAACGGGAAUUCGCUGGACAAAAAUUGUGCCUAAUGUAGCUGUUUCGAUAUUUCUUGUGACUUAUGUACUUUCGCGUUACCAAACAAGAAAAUCAAAAGAAAAUACGUGGAUGAAGAAGAAAGAGAAGAAAAUACGGUGGUCAAAACUGGUAUAUUCUAAUAAGCGAGACACCUCAUUAACUGCUUGAUUAUUAAAAGACAAAACAAAACAAAACAAAACAAAACAAAAAACGAAAAAAAUAAAAGUGUCAAAUAUUAAUAUUUGGAAUCUUUAGCCCGAGUAUGACUCAUCAAUACUGGCCGGGGAAAACGGGUUCUAAUUUUUCUAAUAUUCAAGUAGUCUCUCAGAAAAUUCUACCGGAAGCUCUUAAUUACGUCAGAGGAAUACUGCAAUCGUGACGAGAAAUUGCGUUAUUCCAUAAACAAAAAAUGAUAAAAACUGACGGUCGAUAGAAAAGAGGGAAAUUGCACCAGACACUACUUCUUUGAUCGUCGUAACGUUCAUUAAAUGGCCACAAUUGGACUUCAACGGGUUCCUUUUUCAGUGAGGGGAAUUGCAAAUUGUUCUACUUUCGUCAAACCGAUCUCUGCGGUCGAUUUCUUUGGAAAAUUAUGGGGAAGUGCACGACCACGGCGAACAGGGGUUUCCCAGUUUUCCACAAAUACCAUUCUUAAACGAAGUGCAUCAGAAGUUCAACAAUCAACGCCAGCGGUAACCACUCAAUCCAAGGAAAAACCCAUAGGUCAUUUUGGUAAAAACGGAAGUACAGCUGGGGAUGAAAACUACAGAAUGCCACACCCAGUCUGGACGGAAGAGGAUGUCCAAAGCGUGGAAAUUACACAUGAAAAACCGCAAACGUUUGUCGAUAAGCUUGCAUACAAAAGUGUUCAGUCCUUGAGAGCGGCAUUUGACAUCAUUUCAUUGUAUCGUUUCAUGGAGCUCGACGAAAACCGCUGGCUCAAUCGGAUCAUUAUGUUGGAGACAAUAGCGGGAGUUCCCGGAAUGAUUGCUGGUAUGACAAGACACUUUCACGCGCUUAGGAGGCUCCAGAGGGAUAAUGGAUGGAUACACACACUUCUGGAGGAGGCUGAAAACGAGAGAAUGCAUUUGAUGACAGCCCUGGAAAUGAAGCAACCUGGGAUUUUAUUUCGGGGAGCAGUUCUCCUCGCUCAAGGAACAUUUGUAAACCUGUUUUUCUUAGCCUACCUGAUAAGCCCUAAGUUCUGCCACAGAUUUGUUGGUUACCUGGAAGAGGAAGCUGUCAAAACAUAUACACACUGUAUUGAGUGUAUCGACUGCGGCAAGUUACCUCUGUGGGAAAAUCUCUUGGCACCCAAGAUUGCUGUUAAUUACUGGAAAUUACCGGAGGGUUCAAAAAUGCGUGACGUCAUCUUGGCCAUCCGAGCUGACGAAGCUCAUCAUCGAGUUGUCAAUCAUACUCUUAGUUCCUUGCCAUUAUGCGCACCGAACCCAUUCCAUCCCGGAGAGAAAAAGCUUUGAAGAGACUGAGGCCAAGAAAUGCAACACUAAUCGUUCAGAUUUCAAGGAGCUGUCAAUGUUCUCAAUUACCUCCCACAAAAUAAUUUCUGUUAAUUGCGUCUGAUUCAAUGGGCUUUUGUUUCUGUGUUUGUGUUAGGAAUCAGAGAGUGAGAGCAUUAGGAGUAAGCUGUUUCCAAGGGUGUCGUUCUCUACACUGUGUGAACGAUGCUGCAAUAAUUGGUUGUUCUACACAGGCACUAAAACUAGAAGUGUUGAAUUGAAACUCGCGCUUCCGCGUAAACUGGGUAAUGUAUUUUACACCGUAGCUCGUGUACUGGCCAUCUCUCCUUAUUGAGCUUUCGCAGUGUGUAUCUCUUCUUCUAAAACUAGCCUUGAUAUUUAUCUCGAUUCUCAAGCUUUGAUUGGUUUACAGUCCAGGGUAUAUGAGCUCAUUUCCCAGAAACCUUUUUCCAUGAAUAAACAAACUCUUAUGUCGUAAUGUUUAUAGCGAGAUUUUAGACAUUUGUUUAGGAAUGUGUCAUUGAAUAUUUAGACAAUUAUCCCACUCUCGAACGUAGGAAAAGGGAUCAGUUGUAGUGGACGAGGUACAUACUAUAUAUUUUCCAAUACGCGCUAGUGGAAUUAGAACGAAAAACGUAUUCUUUUCGCACAUUUUAAAACAGCUGACCCCCUAAAACUCCAGAUUGAAAAUUGAAGGAAAACUAGGUCUUCUUUAAUAGAAUUGUACGAUUAAUUUGGUAGGAAUUCACAGAGAAAGACAGCUGCAGAAAGGAAAAAAGACUGUUCCCUAAAAAAUACAACUACUUUGUAAAUAAAUGAAUUUAAUCGAAAUACACCAAAAAAGAUCAAUUUUUCAUAACAAAAAUAUCCUCUAUGUACAAGACAUAAUCCUCUUUUGAAUAAACACCCUGAGUAAUAAA